CACGCUUGGACAGGCUUGUGCAAGUUGUGCUCACGACCUGGAAAGAAUAGUUACUCUAAAAUUUGGCCACUACUUGCUCCUGCUGCCUACAACGUUUUCCAGGCCACAGGCAUGUUGAUUCCUCGACACAUUGGUUCAAAAUAUGGCAACAGGGUGACGGUCAAGCAGAUUGCACGUUAUAUGAAUGGGUUAGGAAAUAAUGGCACGGCCAAGCCUCACUCGCGGCUGGCGUUCGCAUUCGACAUCGAUGGUGUUCUCCUUCGUGGUGGAACGAAUCCCCUGCCCGCUGCCAAAGAGGCAUUAUCGAUCCUUGAUGGCAACAAUAAACUCGGCCUGUACUUGUGUUUUACUGCUCUCACCAACGGCGGUGGUGCGAGCGAAGAGGAGCGGUGUCGCAAGUUGAGCUCGCAGCUUGGCGUACAGAUUCGUCCUGACCAAUUUAUACAGGCUCACACCGUUCUGAAGUCUAUUGUACACAACUACGUUAACGUGCCAGUCUUGGUCCUUGGAGGCAAGGGGGAUACCCUUCGGAAGGUUGCGGAAGGAUACGGCUUCCAGAAAGUCUAUACUACUCUCGAUAUUCUUGCUUGGAACCCAUCGAUAUGGCCUUUCCACAGCCUCACAGAAGAAGAAAGAGCGUCCGUCAGGCCUGUCGACUUCUCGAAUAUCCAAUUUGGCGCAAUCUUUGUCUUCCAUGAUCCUAGAAAUUGGGCUCUCGAUACCCAAGUUAUGUGCGAUGUGAUUCAGGGUAUCAUUGGGGGAUCUCAUGAAACCAAUCAUACACGAAAGCCUGUUGACUUAGUAUUUUGCAAUCCUGAUUUAAUAUGGCAAUCGGAUUUCAAGGCUCCUCGUAUGGGCCAAGGGGCAUUUAGAGUUGCAUUCCAGGCCGUUUUCCAGGCGAGUUUGUCAUUCACCGCUAAAUCCCAUAGAGAACAACCUGAUGCGCCAUUUUUGCAGUCAUUGACAGGGUCCACAUAUCCCUACAUCCAACUUGGCAAACCAACUGAGGCCACGUACAAUUUUGCCGAAAUGAUGCUCAAGCAUCGCUUAGAGGGUACAUGGUGGGCGGUACGUAUUUCUCAUUUAUUCCUCCAUGUAACCCUCAAUUUUAUUGUCACCGCAGAUAACCCAGAAUCCGAUAUAGCAGGUGCCAACGCUGCAGGAUGGAAAUCAAUUCUAGUUCACACAGGUGUAUAUGAUCCCCAUCGUGGACCUCCAAGUCAUCAGCCCACUCACCAAGCAGAGGAUGUCGCAGAGGCAGUCCGUUGGGCGAUAGAACAAGAAUUCUGCUAA